UAAUAGUAAACAUAAACAUAAAAUUAUUUUUUCUUACGGGCAAAGCUCUUACGGGCAUAACCCAUCAAAUAAUCACAAAAUGUAUUUAUAUUAUAUUUGUCUCAAUUUUCAAUUCCCCAUUUCUUGUCAACCAUUUUGUUCUCUUUAUAAAUCAAAUUAUUUCAUAAAUAAAAAAACUUUUUUUUUGUUCUCUCAUAUUAAAUUAUAUAAAUUAUAUAUUUAUUACAUACUAUUUAUUAUAUAUUAUAUAUUAUACGUAGAAAAAGAAAAGAAAAUAACUCAAAAUGUUCAAACAACCGAUUGUAAACAUAAACAUUUCUUGGAAUCGAGAAACAUUUAAAUUGCUCUUAAUAAUAUUCAUAUUUUGGAGUCUUAUUAGUUAUUUAUACUUUUAUAAAAAUAAUAAUGUUAAUAAUGAUAAUAUAACUAACUCAUCGACUCAACCUGAUAUUGGAGAAAUUGGAGAACCAAUUUCAAUUAUUCAAUCGCAAUCACCUUCACAAUCACCUUCACAAUCGCAAUCGAAAGAUGCUAUAAUGACAUUAUCCCCAUCAACUCCAACUAAUACUUCAUCCCCAUCAACGCCAACAACAUCCCCAUCAACUAAUACUACAUCAACUCCAACUUUUCAUGUUGACAUCAUAAUAAAUCAAAAAUAUUGUCAAUCUAAUACAUGUAGAUUCUUAUUCGCUUAUUAUCCACCAGAACAAGAAACUCAAGCAAAUCAACAUUUUUUAUCAUUUGUACAAUUAGCCGAAAAAUUAAAUAGAAUUAUGGUAUUAACUAAUGUAGGAAAUUCACAUAUAUUUGCAUGUCAACCAUUUUCUUUCGAUUUUUAUUAUAAUGUGGACAAACUUCAAAAAAGGUUUCCAAAUGUUAAAUUCAUUACACAAAAAGAUUUUCAAUUUUGGACAAAAGAAAGAAAAGAAAAACCCGAUACUUUUCAUGGAUUUAUUACAAUCAACAAAAAUCAUUCAUAUACAGUAAAUCAUGUUCAACCUUAUGUUGAAAAAUUAAAUUUAUCAAAUUGUUUAAGAUUAUUUAAUUUAAGAUUAAAUGAUACUACAAUAUUUAAAGAUAUUUAUUUAAGUAAGGGUAAAAAUCUUGAAACUUUUGAAAAUUUAAUAUUAAAAGAAUUAGAUACAAAUGCUGAAGUUUUAUUAAUUAAACAUGAAAUACGUUAUCCUUUAUUUAAACCUCUUAGUUCAUUAGAUUAUGCUAACCAUAUUAUAGAUGCUGCAAAUUCUAUAUCAGAAAAAUUAAGACCUUAUAUUGCAAGUCAUUGGAGGAUGGAACUUGGUAAACCAAAAAUGAUGCCUGAUUGUGCAAAAAAUUUAGUUAAGUGGGUUAAAGAUAAAGAAAGUAGAACUGGUAUAAAAAAUUUAUAUUUAGCUACUGAUUAUCCUUUAUUAGGUGAGAAUAAAGCUCAAUCUACAACUUUCCACGUGAUAACAAAAUAUCAUAUUAAUGCUAUUCAAAUAUUAAAUUCUUCUGUAAGUUUAAAUACUUGGGUUUCUUUACAUCCAUUUGAUUAUCUUCCAAAAGAUAAAUGGAUAAAAAAAGAAUUAAUGGGAGCUGGUAUACAAGGAAUAUUAGAUAAGUUAGUAUUAAUACAAGCCGAUUAUUUUGUAUCUUGUCCGAAAGUAUGUGGUCGUUAUAUAUCAAAGUAUACAAAGAAAGUACGAGAAGAGAGAACAAAAAAUGUAGGGAAAAAAUAUUAUUAUUUAAAGAACGUUUGGGAGAUGUGGUAUGAAAAUUAAAGAAAAUUUUAUUGGUAGCCCUAUGAUUUAGUUAGACAUUUUAUGUACAUAAUGAAUAAAAUCAAAUAAAAUAAUUACGAUUUUAAUCAAAGUUUAAUUGAGAACUUGGGGAGCGAACCAAUAAAUUUGUACAUACUAUGUUCAUCGAAAAGAUUAAUUUUCUUUGGAAUUCGGUUGUCCUUUUGUUUAUCUUUUAAGGAUUUUCGGUUCGGGACUUCGGUUAUCGGCGUUAAAACUAAUUAAUUUUGUGUCACAAAAAAAAAAUAUUUUUGAAAAAGUCAUUGACAUGCAACAUAAGAACAUUCCUAUAAUUGUUAUUUAAUGCAUAAAUGCGCUCUAUGGUAUUUAAUCCCAACUGUUUAAACAUAAUUUACAUCAUUUUAAACCUUAAAAAUCAACCAAUCAAAUUUUCUUUCUUUUUUAAUUCAUAUCCUUUUUAAAUCCUACCAUAUCAUUUUAUUUCCAUAUCAUUUUUUUU